GUCAUGUGAUCAUAAUAGGGGCGGUACACACAUUUGACGAAAUAUGGCCGUCUGUGGAGUUGUGUGGUAUGCAAUCUAAUAAUUAUUUCCUUUUGAAUAAACAACGAUGGCGUCUGUAAAAGUAGCUGUCCGAGUGCGACCGAUGAACACAAGGGAAUGCAAUCUGGAUUCUAAAUGUAUUAUUUCCAUGAAUGGCAACAAGACCAGCAUUACUAAUCUAAAGAUUGCGGGCAAUGGGACGGUAGAGGGGCGGGAACGGGUCAAGAACUUCACGUAUGAUUUUUCAUACUGGUCAGCAUCCCCGAAGGAUCCUCAUUUUGCCUCACAAGAACGAGUUUUCAAGGACCUAGGCACAGAUGUUUUGAAAGCCGCAUUCGAAGGUUACAAUGCUUGCAUAUUUGCAUAUGGCCAAACUGGCUCAGGCAAAACGUUUACAAUGAUGGGUCAACCGGAUGGAGCAGGAUUGAUACCACGGAUAUGCGAGGGCCUCUACACAAGAAUACGGGCAGACAAAAAUGAUGUAUCAUACCGUACUGAAGUUAGCUAUCUUGAAAUUUACAAUGAAAGAGUACGAGAUUUACUAAAAUCUCACAAGGAGCACUCACUAAGAGUGCGGGAACAUCCUCGUGAAGGGCCAUACGUACAAGAUCUGUCAAAACAUUUAGUUUCUGAUUAUUCAGACAUUGAAAGUCUCAUGGAAAGAGGCAAUAUACAAAGGACAACUGCCUCUACUAAUAUGAAUGAUGUUAGCAGUAGAUCGCAUGCCAUCUUUACUAUCACCUUUACUCAGGCUAAGUUUGAGAAUGAUCUUCCAAGUGAAAAAGUGUCCAAGAUCAACUUGGUAGACUUGGCUGGCAGUGAACGAGCAGCCUCAACUGGGGCCACUGGUGACAGAUUAAAAGAAGGGUCACUCAUCAACAAGUCAUUGGUGACACUAGGCAAUGUAAUACAUGCUUUAGCUGAUAUGUCAUCACUGCAGAACAAGCGACAAAUAUUUGUGCCUUAUAGAGACUCAGUCCUUACAUGGCUGCUUAAAGACAGUUUAGGGGGAAAUUCAAAGACCAUAAUGGUUGCCACUAUAUCACCAGCAGACGUUAGCUAUGGAGAAUCUCUUAGCACUCUGAGAUAUGCAAACAGGGCUAAAAAUAUUAUUAACAAACCCACAGUCAAUGAGGAUCCCAAUGUUAAGAUCAUUAGAGAAUUGAGAGCUGAGAUAGAUCGACUAAAAUCUAUGUUAGGAGGACAUAUUAUCUCAGAGUCACCAAAAGAAAGUUAUAUGGUAGACAAACUGCAUGAAAACGAGGCCAUGAUCAAAGUGCUUACAGAAGAGUGGAGCACAAAAUGGAGGGAAACGCAACGUAUUAUGAAGGAAAAAACAUUGGCUUUACGAUCAGAGGGUAUAAGCGUGGUACUGGACUCGGAGCUACCUCAUCUGAUUGGGAUUGACGAUGACUUGCUCAGCACUGGACUUAAGCUGUACCAUGUCAAGGAAGGAAAGACAACAAUUGGGCACUGUGAUGCAGAACGGAGCAAUGAUAUAUUGUUGUAUGGAGUCGAUGUAGCGGAUGAACAUUGUAUGCUAAUUAACCGAGAUGGUGUUGUUACGUUGCAUCCAUUAAAGAAAGCGCUGUGUGCUGUAAAUGGCAAAACAAUUGACAGACCAAUCGCCUUAACACAAGGUUGUAUUGUGUCAAUAGGAAGAACGAAUUUGUUUCGGUUUAACCAUCCUGCUGAAGCCAAACGCCUUAAGAAGGAACUGAACAAUAUGUCAAAAUCAAUGAAUGAUCUAUCAAUGAUGAGAUCAACAGAAAACCUUAUAGCGCCCUCACUGAUGUACAGUCACAACGUUCUUCUUGAAAAGCAGCAAAGAGAAGAGUGGGAGAAGCUAGAAGAAAAGAGACUUCAAAUUCAAGAAUUAGAAGAAAAAUAUAUGCAAUCUGAAGAAAACCGAAGAGUUGAACAGUCAAAAAAAGAACAAGAUAUUGAAGAAAAGCGGAAGAAGCUUGAGAAAUUACGACUUGAGAGUGAAAAUGCAAAAAAGGAAGCUGAAAAUGCUGAGAAAAGGAUAAAAAAUGAGCAAGCCAAGUUGAAGCGACAAAGUCUAGAUGUGCAGAAACAAAUGGAGGAGUUCAAUCUGGAAAAGGAAAAGAUGGAAAAAGAGAGGGAAAGUCGCGUAUUUGAAGCCAGUCAAAUGUUGGAGGAAAGGAUGCAGAUUGAGAAAGAUCGAAUUGAACUCGAACUUGCCAUUGAGGAAGACAAAGUAAAAUUAGAGGAGAUGGUUGAACAGCAUAACAAACUUGUAAAAGAGGCCGAGGAAGAUCUUAAACAAGAACAAGAGAAAAUGAAAAUAGAUUUUGAAGAAAAGAGGAUAAGGCUAGAUUCAGAGAUUAAUCGGUUAGGAGAAAGGAGUCAAGAGCUGGAUAAGGCAAAGCAAGAGGCAGAGGAAGACUUUAAAAAGCGAAAAGAAAUCUUGGACUGGGAGAUAAAUGAGGAAUACCAAGCAUUACAAAAGGAACAGCUGAAGCUUGAGGGGUUGAAACAAAAACUAAAGAUUUCAAAGGAGGCACUGAGCAAGAUGGAGGAAACUGCGUCUGCUGAACUUGCCAAAGAGAAUUUAGAAUUUAUUAAAGCAAAGGAAAAUUUCGAACAACUGAAACAAGUGCAGAUCGAUUCUAUAAGGGAAGCAGAAGAAAAAAUUCGGGAUAAAGCUGAGCGUAUGGUAGGAGAGAUCUGGGAGAAACGUGCAGAACUGGAUGAUAAACGUAGGGAGUUGAUUGAGAGAGAAGGGAAGAAUCAAAGAGCUCUAGAAACUGAGAGUUAUGAAAAUGAGGAAGAAAAACUAAAGUUAAAUGAAGAAAAGCAGGAAAUAGCGAUUGAAAAAGAAAAAAUGGAAAAGGAACAAGAGGAAUUGAAUUGUCAGGAGAUUGAGAUUGAACAAGCGAUAGAGGAAGAAUUUCGCCAUUUGGAGGAACGACGAAAGAAAGAUGAAAAGAUUCUCGAUGAGGAAUGGGCGAAACUACAAAACAUGAAUGGAUGGGAUGUUGAGACUCUAGAGAAAGAGAUUGAAGUUAGAGAACUUGAUUUAAAAGAUAUAAAGAAGAGAGUUAAAGAAAAUGAGAAAGUUCUUAAUGGGGUCGUAAAAAAUCAGGAAGAUUUGACCUCAAAACUUGACCAGGAAGGCAUUGACGUUGUUGAUGGACGGGAAAGGAUUGAAGUGUUGAAAUCUUCACACGAUGCAUCAAAGGAAUCAUUGGAAACCGUGCUGAAGCAACGCGAGCUGCUUAACGAGCAACAGCGCAAAACUGAACUAGAACGUAUACAGUUUUUGAGGGAAAGUAUUUCUGAUAUGGAGGAAGUACAUUGUCUUCUGGUGCAAAAGUCACAGAAGAUUAUGGAAGAGGAGAUGGAGCAGGUGAAGAUGGAGAGGGAGCGAUUGACAGAGAAAGACGACCAGGGGCUUGAUGAUCUUCAGAAGCUUAACGACUACGAGGAAGAGAAGAAGCUGAAGGAGAACAAGUGGAAACUACAAGAGGAGCAACUUCGAUUACAUCAUAAAAUACAUUCCAAAUCAAAAGAAGAGGUACAUGACCUAUCCCCGGAUCUGCACAUCAAGGCUAAGCAUUUGGAGAUUCUUGAAGACCAGAUGCAGGUGAACCAGGCAGAGUUGGAGAAGAAGCAGUUGGAUUUUGAAGGUCAAAGAAAAGCAGAACUUGAAAGAAUUCAAGCAGAGAAAUUAAAGCUUGCUGAAAUGGAGGACCAAGAUAGAUUUCAUAGAAAAGUUGAAGAGGAAGUUAAAAAGAAACUAUUUGAAGAAAAGGUAGAAAGAGAGAAGAAGGAAUUGAUGGAAAAAAAGAAAAUUCAAGACGAGUUGAAACUUCUACAAAAAGCACAUGAAAAAGAAAUUGAACAACUAAAGAAACGAUUUGAAUCAAGGAAAGUUUCUUUUGGAAGCAGGUCUAAUCCGUACGGAAGCUUGAAGAACACUGAUGGGUUCCCUAAUGGAUCUGGUAGAAGGCGGGAAGGGUCCUUUGAUGCACCAUUGGCUGCCCAUACUGAAGAAGUGAAAGACUUAAUCAAGAUCACGAUACCACGGUACAUGUUGCGUGGCCACGGUUGGGACUCUCAUUACGUGUUUGAGGUGCAGAUCACCAUACUGAACGAAACUUGGAUUGUUUACCGACGGUACAGCAAGUUUAGAGAGCUUCAUGAAAUUAUGAAGAAAAAAUACCUUGAGAUUGGAUUGCUUGAGUUUCCACCGAAGAAAUUAUUUGGAAAUAAAUCAGAAAAAGUUGUAUUUAAACGUAGAGGUAAUUUAGAGGAUUAUUUACGGAAUUUCAUCGCUGCAUGUUUGAAGAUUGGACAUUGUCCGAUAGCACCUGGGCCUGGCAGGACAAUCUCCAAGGGAAUUCUUUGUGAAUUUGCACCAUUUUUUAAGAAAGGAGCAUUCGAAACGACAAAGUACGGUACAACGUAAUAUCAGGCCUAGAAACAGAUUUAUAUCAAGAAUAGAUGGCAUUUGAAAGGUGGCAAUCACAUGUUAAGCUUGUACUGCGAUAUCUUGCUGAGAACUCUUGCCUGUGUAUUUGUAUCUUUUUAUCCAAUGUUUUGUUCAGUUGUACUAGAGAUCACAGUGAAACAUGGGGAAUGAUAGGAAUUCUAAAACCACACAAAUAUAUAUUUUUAUUUAUGUAAAUCAUGACAAUGAAAUCUGAAGAAUUUUAAUCUGGUAUCCAGCAUAGCAUAAUAGUUCUGCUUCGGUGGUUUUCAAUACAGGGAAAGGUAAAACCUGUAGAUAUUCCAAACUAACAGUACUUGAAAGUUUAAGGUAUUAAUAAAAUUCUGGACAAGAAUGUUGGAAAAAGGCACUAUUAAUAAAGAUAAGUAAACAAAUUUAUUUGCAAUGAAAAAAUAAUUAAUCAAUUAAUUAGAAAAUAAUUGUAGUACAAUAAAUGUAGUACAUUCAUAAUUGAAACUAAUAGAUAGAACUAAUAAGGUUAUUUUUAAUAUAAUAAUUUUAAUAUUUUAAUAAAAUAUUUAAAUAAUGUAAAUUUUAUUUUUAUUUGGGUAGCUAAGAGCUAUAAAAAUGGUGUGCUGAGGUUUAUUAUUUGCUUUCACUGCCCCCUUAUUUAAUGAUUGUUAAGAUACCAUUUGCCAUAGUUAAAUUGCUUGAAUAGUUUUGGCUACACAAAAAUUGAAAGUGCUUCCCUAUAUCUGUGCAAUUGGUGAUACAUUUGUAUAUAAACACAUAAAUAUUUUUGUAAUAAGCACAAUCAAGAAGCCCAUGUUACAUGAAAUGAUGAACAUAAAUAAGUUGCGUGUCAAAUUAUUUUUUUUUUCUAACUCAAUACAUUUUCCAAGUCAUGAAGUUAUUAAUUAGGUCUAUUUUAAUUGGUUUUUUUUUUUUUCAAAUAAACACUCUACAAAAAAUUAUGGGCAUUGGUAUGGACAUAUGGUACCCUGAUAUGGACAGUUCUAUUUUCUUUAUUGGAGUGUUCAUUUAAGGAUAAAAUCGCAAUAGUUAGUUUAUCCAGGUACAUUAUCCAACCCAUAGACUACUGAUAUCACUGUUAAUUUGUGUAUGUUAAGUUAUUAAUUUAUAAGGCUUAUAUUAUGGACUUUAAAGACCAAGGUGCUUCACAUUUUUAGCCUGGUAAUUGGACACUAAUAAUCAUUGCAAUGUGCAACCUCCUACUCCAUAGGGGGUAUACCUACUCAUGAAUAUUUGACAAAGAUAAUAAAUAUUCAGUUAAAAGGUCAUGAAUAUUCAGCAAUUAUCAAUACAUUCAACAUAGGGCAUUCACAUUCUACUUUGUAACCAAUACUUCUGGGUGGAGAGAGAUAAAACAUAGAUGAAGUGCCUUUGAGAUAUUUAUUCUCAAUAUUUUAAUUUAUUGGCUUUUGUAUUGUCCCUUUUCUGGACAUUUUCUAUUUUAACUUUAGCGAUAUACAUUUUAAAAUACUAAUGUUAAUAAUAUUACCAUUUGUAUAUCAAUUUUAACAAUCAUGAGUUUCAUGUAUUUUUUUUCUUCUCUCAUUCCUGUUUGGACAAAUUUUUUAACGUAAGAAUAUUCAUUUAUCGGAAUGGUACUUACUGUUGAAUGAAAUUGAUGCUUUAAACUUGAUUAAAUUUAUAGUCAUAUAAUAUUACCAUGAAUAAUUGAUUAUAACCUUUACAUUGGUAAUGUACUUGUAAUUUAUCAACAUUUGACCUUGUAGUGAACUUAGUUAUUAUGGCGUCAGUAUGGAUCCAGGUGCUGCCAGUAAUAAUGUAUUGAAAGAGAGGCUGGUCAAAUGUUUUUCUGGAAGAUGAUGGUUCCUUUACUUUCUAAUCUGAUUAGAAGACCUUAAGUCAAAAUUUGUAUGCAUCUUUCAUGACUUAUUACACAAACUCAUAAUCUAUUCUAAUAAUGAAUUAAUGAUAUAGUGCAUUACCCAAGAGCAUAAAUGUACUUUAAAAAAUGAAAUGUUGGAAUUAAGAAAAAACGUUUUAAAUGUGUUCAAUGGGGCUUUGAGGACACUGAUGGAAAUUUCCUGUUGAAUUUGCAAAUAUGUUAUUUGCCCGGGUUUGCAAUUUUUAGGAGUGGGAUGGAGGAGGGUGGUGGUAGUGUUGAGGGGAUCCAAUUUAUUUUGACAGUCAAACCAGGGAGGGGUGGGUGUUGUAUAUUAAUUAAUAUUUGUAACUAAUUUGGUAUUAUCUAUGAAGUGAGAUGAAGAGUGAGGGGCAGUAUUUGAAUCAACUUACAUAACACAAACAUUAGUAGUCAACAUAAGGGGGGAGGGAGUUCCAUGUGUCAUGUGCCCCUUCUCUCAUCUUGAUUUGCUAUUUGAUUUAAUAGAUGAAUAUAGUAUUAAUGAAAUUACCCUUCUGCUAAACCCAGCCCUUCAAUAUUUUUUUAUCUACAAAACGACAGCAUAAAUGUACUGUUGACAUUUGACAACUCAUGUGUGCAUGUUAUCCUGGCUCUGUUCUGAUUGGCCAAUUGUCCAGUUUGGCACUUGUAUUAAUAAAACAAAUAGCUGUGUGAUGAACAACUCACAAAUAAGUGUAAUUUUGAGUCCAUCCAAUCUAUAGUACACUCACCUUGAAAUUAUGGUUAUGUAUCAAGUUUUCAAUGAAUAAAAAAAAACUCCAUUUUUGUCAAAUAUUUCAGAAUUAAUACAGGUCUCCCUCUAAUUAAAUACCCCUUCAAUUAAUGACCACUUCCAAUUAAAGACCGUUUUUCUGUGGUCCCAGAGUAAUGGAUGUCUUUUAUCUUUAUUAUUCUAAUUAGAGACCAAAGCUGCUAAAAGACCAUGGAAAUCACAGUCCCAAAAGUGGUCUUUAAUUAGAGAGAGACCUGUAUGACCAGGGGAAGGGAUGUUUUACUAAGCUUUUCUUGCAAAUUGUCUAAUUUAGCAUGUUACAUAUUAAUAGGUUGAGAAAAGGGGUUUUUAGAAAGUAGUGAUUUAUAAAUUAUACAAUUGUAUAUUUGAUAUUAUUGAGUUUGAAGGGCCAUUUCUUUAUUUAUUUGGUAUUUUUUUUAAAUGUAAAUAAAUAUCGCCCUACCGAGGUAAUGUUUGGCAAUUUUGUCUAAGCAGUAAUGCCAUAAUUAUGGGAUGUUAAAAGCAAUAACAGGUCUGUUCUUGAUGGGCACAAUCUGUGAAACAAUCUUGAUUUGUUCAUAAAUUAUUUUCAUAUUUUCGAAUGGUUUUUAUAAUGAUUCUCUUUGUAUUUCUCACGAUAAUCCUAAAAAAGGUGAUUGGUCUUGUAAAUUGUUUUGGAAAUGAACUUUUUAUAAUAAAUACAUUGAAAUAACGUCUAA